CAGCUGGUCAAUGGCCACACGCUCUUUGACUACAGCAUCAAUCUGAAUGCCACCAUCCAGUUGAUGAUUCGGACGUUACCCGUCCCUGAGGUCACAAAGGUCGCAGAGGUCGCCGAGGUCGAAGGUAAAGAUGGAGAUAAGGAGAGCGAAGGGAAGCCGGAGAGUGGGUUUGGAUCGGAGACUAGUGAUUCCGAGAACUCGACGCCUCAGGAUGGUGCAGCCACUGCCGACGUCGUAGAGGCUUCUACUAGUCAACUUAGAGGGCUCUUCAAGGUUGGUGAUGUUGUAGACGCCAUAGAUAUGAGCAUGGGAGCGUGGUUUGAGGCGGACAUUGUGAAAAUCACGGAAAAGGAGGCUGAGGAAAACACUGAAACCAACAAUAACAAUGAAAGCGAGACCAAGGCUAAGAAUGAGAAAGACAUAGACCAGGUCCAGAAUAAGACUGUAAAACAGGACCAGGAUGGGCCACCUGAAGACUCAGAAAAUGAUAAAAAUGUGCUAAAUGUUGACGCCGACACCCCCAUGGACACAGAAUGCAAAGCAACAGAGAGAAUAUGUGGUUCGGAUGAGACCAUUUCAAAUGAAGGGGGUAGCGGGGUCAACCAGUCUGGAGGGAUGCACGACUCACAUUGGACAAAGCAUGAUGGUUUAGUAUACCACGUCAAGUAUGAAGGAUAUGAUGAAGAAGGAAUCGCGAAGAUCAGCAGCCGAAGUAUAAGACCCAGAGCUCGUAACAUGAUUGAAUACGAUGAUGUGACCAUCGGUGACAUCGUCAUGGUGAAUUACAAUUGUGACGAGCCAAAGCAGAGAGGUUACUGGUACGACAUGGUCGUCAAAAAUAAGAAAGUGACAAGGUCGUAUAAGGAGCUGACUGGGGACAUCCUUCUUGGUCCGAGUGGCGAUGUCUUGAAAGAUUGUAAGGCCCGUGUGACGGAAGAGAUCUUCAAGGUAGAGAGAGCGGGCGAUUCGACAUGUGAUGCUGCCACCAUCGAAGCAGAGGGAACUCCCGUCAAAAGAACGACAACCCCCAACUGCGUACACUGCAAGGACAACCCCCGUAGGAAGUGUAAACACUGCGCCUGUCAUGUGUGCGGUAGCAAGGAAGACGAAGACAAGACGCUGCUCUGUGACGAGUGUGAUAUGGCCUUCCAUAUAUACUGCCUGAAUCCUCCGAUGGAAUCCAUCCCUGAUGUCGAUGAAUGGUACUGCCCUCUUUGUAAAAAUGAUUCAUCUGAAAUCGUCAUGGCUGGAGAGAAACUCAAAGCAAGCAAGAAGAAAGCCAGGAUGGCUUCGGCCACAUCCACAUCACAGAGGGACUGGGGGAAGGGUAUGGCUUGCCAGGGUAGAACUAAAGUUUGCACUAUAGUCCCACCCAAUCAUUUUGGUGCUGUUCCAGGUAUCCAUGUUGGACAAUUAUGGAAGUUCCGGGUGCAAGUGAGCGAAGUUGGAGUACAUCGGCCUCACGUUGCUGGUAUUCACGGUCGAGAGUUUGAAGGAGCAUACUCUAUUGUACUAGCGGGAGGAUAUGAAGAUGAUUUGGACAACGGUGAUGAGUUCUAUUACACAGGGAGUGGAGGAAGAGAUUUGUCGGGUAACAAACGUACAGCUGAGCAGUCACAUGAUCAAAAACUAUCCAAGAUGAAUCUUGCCCUUGCACGUAAUUGCAAUGCCUCCAUCGAUAAGAGUAAAGGAAAUGAAGCAAAGGAUUGGAAGGCGGGAAAGCCUGUGAGAGUCGUCAGGAACGCCAAAGGCCGCAAGCAUUCCAAGUAUGCACCUGAAGAAGGAAACAGAUAUGACGGUAUCUACAAGAUUGUCAAGUACUGGCCUGAGAAGGGUAAGAGCGGUUUCUUGGUCUGGCGUUACCUGAUCAGACGGGACGACCCUUCCCCCGCCCCAUGGAGCAAGGCUGGCAAGAAGAAGAUCAAUGAAUUAGGAUUAGAGAUGGAGUACCCUGAUGGCUACCUUGAAGUGAUGGCAGCAAAGGAAGCAGCGAAAGAAAAGGAGAAGAAAGGAUCUUCAGAGGAUGACGAUGAACAGGAAGAAAAGAAGUCAAAGAAGGGUAAAGGAAAGAAGAGGCAUCGAGAAGAAGAACCCGAAAAGCCAACUCCAAAGAAAACCAAGUUUGAGCUUAGUAAGGAAACGCAGAAGAUGAUCAAUGAAGAUGAACAAAACAAGUCACAUUGGAAGGCCAUCAUUGAAGAAUGCCAAGCUGGAAAGAAAUUCAUCACAGCUGUGGAGGAUACCUUCACUUGUAUCUGUUGCCAAGAGGUCGUGUAUCACCCUAUCUCAACACCUUGUUCACACAACAUCUGUAAGACCUGCCUGCAGCGAUCUUUCAAAGCAGAGAUCUUCUCCUGUCCUUAUUGCCGUUAUGAUCUCGGGAAAGGGUACAGUCUCAGCUACAACAAGAACCUACAGGUCAUUCUGAACAGCGUGUUUCCUGGUUACGAAGCUGGUCGCUAGGCAACAUCUCAUGGUCUAUUCUUGGUCAGAUAUCAUCAGCUUAUUAUUUGGCUCUGGAGAAUUACCUUAUCAAUAUCUGAAACUUCGUAUGAAAAUCCAGUAUCAAAAAAGAACUUUUGAAAAAUCAAAUUGACAAUUUGAAUAACAGAUGCUUAAAGCGGAAAAAGAGAUCUACUAAACAAUGCUUGCAUGUCACUUCAUAUACAAAAUGUCUGCAAAGAAAAGUCAACUUUAAUGUUGAUAUAUUGAAGAAUUUUAGAUCGUUUUGUGGUGUAUGUCUGUAUUUGACCUCGGUGUAUUACCAUUAAUCGAUUUACGAGUCAUCUGCAAGAAAAGUGAAUUUGAUAUUGAUGUAUGGAAGAAUUGAUGGUGUAGGUCUUUAUGUGAUCUCAGUAUAUUGGCAUCAAUCAAUGUAAACCAAAAGCUCUUUGAGAUGUUCGCUACGCACUUGGACUUGUCACCAUGAUCAUCAUUUCAGCUCUUCAAACCAUUUUAUCCACUCACUACUUACAUUUCAAAUCAUUAAUGUCGUGUCAUACGUGUAUUUGCUUCCAUUUUAUGUCUCGUCUUCCAUGUCAUUGUUUUGUAUUUUAACCAUGACUCGUGUUUGUUUUUCUUCAUCAUCUCUCGUUCAUCCAUCUGUGUAAAUGAUGUUGAUCUUGUAAAUACCAUUGCUGCAUACAUCCCUGUCAUAAAGCUCAAAUUCCAACUGCCAUCUUUCUGUCAUAUAUUAAGAGAAAAGGACUUUUUUUUGCAAGCUCAAUUUAUUCUGACCCACACGUCAUUGAAAAAAGAAUUUGGCACAUUUUAGAAUCUGACAAUUCUUAUGAUAUCAUAGAUGGUACAAUGGCAUAUCGCUAAGGCAUAUUGGUGGUUGUUAUUGAUAUACAUCAAUUCUAUGUAAUAUGUGGGGCACAAACUCUUGAUAAUAGCUUUGAUGAAUUUAUUGGACCUUCAUCCAUUGUCGUUUAAAAGUGGAAAAUAUCUUUAUUUUAUCCGAACAUUCCUUUUAUAGUUAUAUUAUGGUCCAUGGUUUCGCUAUCAUUUUUAAGGACAUUUAAAUAUCUGUAAUACUUUUAUUUGAAAACGAUUGCUCGACUUGCAGUUCUACAGAUACAAGAACUACUCUGUCAAAUUAUCUGAAAUAAGCAAAAUCUAUUUUCAUUGCUGUCCAUUGUCUCAGAGCUAAUGAUCUUACAUUCAUUAAUAUUAUAUCCCUUACUUAAGAUUGUUGUAUUGAGAGUGUACACAAAGAGAAAAAGAAUAGUUUUACUACGAAAAACGUUUGCCAUGAAAUAGUUCAUUUUCCUUGCUGACGUCACGCAUAGUCCAUUUUUUCCCUAGGGAAAAAGUGAACUAUACGUUUUUUGACCACGCCCCCUACUCGAUUCGCGAGCUGUGCGGCGCGAUGCGAGCAGAGCGCUGCUCAGCCCAACGGUACUCUCUACUGCAUGCCACGGGAAACUUUCGGCGAGCUGCACUAACCAGGGGCGCUCGCUGAACAGACGAUCAAUACGGCAAGGCUUAUUGUUUUCUCAACUUCUCAACGAUUGUUGCAUCAUCGACUUCUUAAAAAUCGUUUUGCUGUAAAAGUCGGGUAUCAACGAAGAAUAUUGUAUGAAGAAUACAUAUGAGUGGAAGGGAUAUAAAACAAAUAUACAAUGACCCAGAUGGCCCUCGGGAGAAUAGUACUAUAUGAUGUUCCUUCGAUGCAAAUAGUUUUAGCCAGAUCCUCGAGUGUCAUUGUAUAUUUGUAUACUAUGACGCAUAAUGAAAUUACUAUUUUAUUUUUGUGUGUGUAAGUAGUGGGAUACAGAAUAUCCAGAGACUUGUUCUUUUGAAGACCAAAUUAUCAUCAUUAUCAAAUUUCAUCUGUGAAUACCAUUAGUUCUUUAUCUCUUAUCUUGAAUGGGUGGGUCUGGCUGAAAAUAAUACAAUUUUAUUGAAAAGAGUAAAAUUAGGCAAAUGAUUCACUGAAAAUUACAUUAAAAUAGAAUGAGGAAGAACAAGGUUAUGACAUUUUCAAGUUUGCAUUGUUCCUGUGAAACAGUUCUAUGCAUAUCCUUGUGAGUAUGCAAUGAAUAAGCUGUCGUCACCUCACCAUAUUUGUAGAAACUUUAAUAAGGAGAAAUGUUACAUGCACUUCACAUAUCUGAAAAUAUGAAAUAAUUAUUUUGUGUAAUAAAAAAAAGAAGAAAGAAAGUAUGGACAUUGACAUCAUUAGCCUACUUUUUGCAUAUUCUUGAUGGCAUGCAUUUAAUCGUUCUCACAAAUGAUGCUAAACUUAAAGAUUCAAUAUGUUUACUAUUAUCAGAUUUUGAUUUUUUUUUUGCUCUUUGAAUUUUACUCUAAUUAGGGUAUUAUUUUCAGUCUAUGGUACCUCUUUUAGGUGUUUUUCAUCUUGAAUAAGGUAGUAUGUUAUCAGACCAUAUGUAAUCAAUAAUAGUUACCAUGGAUACGCAUUUCAACCAGCUACUGUAGUAAAAAAAAAAAACAAUGUCAGGAUUUCAUGUGCUUUGUGAUUGAAUUUUCUUGAACAUCAUUAAACAAUGCUUGCUUUGCUGCUGCUAUAUGUGUAUCGAUUGAAACUGCCGAGAUAGUCAGGCCAUUGUACAUGAAUGCAUAUAGAUACAUGCAACUCGUUUUUAGUACUGAUAUCUUUUAUAUUUAGGGUAAACUUCAUUGCUUAAACCAUUCACUUAUAUUGAUAGUGUAUGCAGAAUUUCAUUUUACAUCAUAGUUUAUGUGAAUCUAUGCUUGAACAUGUAUCUGCAACUACCGUGCAUUGUGAACGUUUACUUCUACCUCAAUCGCAUAUACUCAAUGUCAAAGAAAAAGGGAAUAUUUGUUUUAAAUGAUUUAUUGAUAGCUUUUACUCAUCUUUAUAGCUUCUGUUAACAAGUUAUUUUCAACUUUAGUCAUAAGAAAUGAUCAUGCAAGUGAUAUCUGUUCAGAUUGGUCAGACUUCAUGAAGAUGUACACUUGAAUUUGAAUUAAAAAAAAAGGCUGUACAACAAAAACAUUCAAAUGUUCAUGCUUGUUAAACCACAACAAAAUCAACUUUAUAAAAACAGGUGCAAUCAUCUUACAAACGUAUAUUUUUGUUUAAAAAAUAGAAUAAAUCUGUUCAGAUCUCAAACGUUCUUCGAGGUGCAAGACACAUCCUGAGAUUUGAUUUGAACUCCCAAACUGUUCCAAUAUUUAGGACCACUAAAAUCAAAGCAAGCUACCCCCUUUUUGAAACAACUCUUGGAUUGUGAAGAUAACUAACAAUGGUGAAAGUCAAUGUUUAUACUAUGUUUACUCAUACAAGCCAAACCUGACACUUGGUGCACAUGUAGUGCAAAAGACAACCACCCAUGUUACAGUCCAGACAAAAUAUCACAGAAAUGUCGCAUUAUGGCUCAAUUCACAAAGGUGGUUUUGGUCGGGGGACCCAUUGGAUUUCAUAAUUUUGUUGAAAGAUUGUGGUUUUUGUAAGGUACACAGGUGCAGGUUGUUUUCCAGAAGGUGCUAAUUAGGUGUUACUGCAGUGUAGAUAGAUGUAUGGAUGCAGAUGUGUUGUUGGAGGGUGUAAAAUAGAAUGUUUGGUGUCGAGAGUGUGUUGACACUGGAAAGUGCCUUGCAAAGAACAAGUGUUAUUACAAACCCUGAUUUGUUGUACGCAGUAAAUGAAUGAAUGACGGGGAAUAUAAAACUAGAAAUAUAUAAUGUAUAGAAUAGAGAGGCAAGUUGAGAAGUGACUGAAGAUUUUAUUCCAAUUAUAAUACGUUCCAUUUCAUGUUUUUUUAAUUGUCACAAUGUACAUAUAUAUGAUAUGCAAUUCAUUACUGUUCUAUUCAUGUAAGGUACUAAUGUUAUUUGUUGUAAAUAGAUAUGCUUUGCUUUAACUGUGGAAAAGUACUCAUAAUUAGUGUAGACUGAACUUCGUUGAUGGCCAAAACAAAAAUUACCUUGCUUGUACCACCAUGGUUUAAAUGUGCUCUGAUAAUCUAUCUACUGGACAUUAAGAUCCCAUCUAAUUCUCAGAAAUUCCUUCCAAAGUAGCUACAAUGUACAUGUUUUUCUCGCUUCAAUAAGACAUGACCUGAUGCAUACUCACAUGAUAAUCACGAUAUGGUAUUCAGUCGAGUCAUGGGGAACACUUCAUGAAUAUUCAUUUGUCUGAUUUCACAAACAGAUUUUCUGAGCUGCUGAAAAUCAUUGCAUCUGAUUGGCUAAGAGCAAUGUACUCGGUGAAAAUUACUAAAAAAAAAUUCUCAUGAAAUGUUCCCUGGGGGACUGUUUCAGGAGAGUUGUUGGCACUGACAGCAGUUUCAGUAAGAUCUUUGGUUUUUAUUGGCCGAGAAGCAACUGUCCGUGAAUGUUACUAUGGUAACUAUAAGAUAAUAAUUCUUGUCAAUGUCAAUAUAUUUUAUUCAAGUUGCAUUCUUACAUGCUUCUCAUCCAUUACAGCACAAAUUGAAUAGUUUGAAUUGAUAUCGAUGUAAUUAUGAUAAAAGGUAAGGAAGUUCAAAGAUUAUUGUUAAUGAAAUGUACAUGUAUUUAGAGUUUCAUAAGUUAAAAUUUGAAAAAUGUAUACAAUGUCUGUAAUUCAAAUGAAUUUGCCAAAUUCUCCAAUAGUUUUUCCUUUUUUUUAACAAUGUAGCAUAGGGUUUGAUUGUAUCUGAUUCAAUGUUUAUAAAUGGACAAUAAAUUUUGUGAAAGUUAA